AUGAGACAGCCACGUCUGUGGCAACGAGAACUUGUGAUGAUCUUCAUGCUCUUAAUGAUACUACUUUGUUCAACUGGUGCUCGGAGGAUUCUUGAAACAACUGCAGCAUGUGAGGAAUUAGCGCCGACACUUGCCACAUUACGAAGAAGUGCGAAUGCUCCAUCGGAUGCAGAGAUUGUGUAUCCUAAUUGCACUAUUGUACACAUUAGUUCGACAUUACGUAGUGGGACCACCACAGUCGAUGCUCGUAAUAUAAACAUUCAAGCAGUCUCAAGCUUUCCAGAUGUAACAACUGUGCUGCUAUCAGGAAAUCAAAUUGUGACCAUUUAUGAUGAUCCGGAUGCUACCGUGAAGAUGCUAGACUUGUCUUUGAAUGGUCUCAGUCAUUUGAAUGCUUUGGCAAUUCCACGCACUGUGACUACACUAGUUCUCGAUGACAACAGCAUUAGCGGUCUUGACGACGGAGAGAUUCCUGCGACUGUCACCGCGCUGUCUAUAAAGAACAACAACAUCAUGAUGCUUACUACUUUUUCUUUCAGCAAAACACUACACGAGCUUGAUACAAGUGAAAACCCAAUCGAAGAUCUCUCCAAGUGGCAAAUGCCGUUACAACUCCAGGUCUAUUCAUGCAAAGACUGCAAAAUCAGCAAACUUUCAGGAGUAACGUUGCCAUCGUCGGGCUCACUGACUUCGAUCGACUUAGAAGGCAGCACGAUCGACUCUUUUGAGAUAGCUGACUCGGCCAUGCCACUGAUAGUAAGAUUGGAGUGGCUGAAGCUCACAGUCUCAGCUACCAGUUGCAGCGAUUCAAGUGCAAGAAAAGAGGUAGUGCAGACUGUGCCUAUAUGUGUCCUACCGGAUGCAGUGUACAACAACAAGUUCGUUAUGUCCGCAGCCGCAAGUCCCUCAAGUAGCUCUCUCGGACUACCGCCAAAUGUCCCUCAGCCUAUCAAUUAUCCAGAGAUAAGCACUUCUUAUAACUGGAUGCUCGUGGCGAUACUUUCAGGUGCAACUCUGCUACUAGUGGUCGUGGCCGGCGCUGUAGCUUAUGUCGUAUUUUAUUGUCGCCGUUCGGGUGAGAAACUCUGGGACUACACAGCAGACAGAACCUCUGAUUCUUGGUCAAGAGCUGACAGCGGUACGAACCAGGCUUUCUUCGAGCGAACGUUAACCACGGGAAUGAUGGAGCACAACGAGCGCAAUGAAUUCGACGACUCGAUUCUUAGCAGCAAGCGUCGAGGAAUGAGUGACACCAUCACUUCCUCGACUCAAUUAGAAGUGACAAAUUCGAACCGGCAUUUAAACAUUGACAUUCGCACGGACCGAAGCAUGCGGCAUUUCCGGCUGAUGAACGAAGAAGUGGAGCGCGGUGGCUUGAUAGCGAAAGGCGGAUACGGCGCCGUGUAUAAGGCUUAUUUCCGUGGUAAAGCCGUAGUGAUGAAGGAAUUGCUGCCGGAGCGUGCUCGUGAUCCGCGAAUGCUCAACGACUUUAUGGACGAAAUUCGGACGUGUAGUUCGCUGGACCACCCUAAAAUUGUGACGUUUAUUGGCUUCGCUUUCACUUCCCUUAUGGACUUGUCUGCAGUGUUUGAGUAUAUGCCGAACGGUGAUCUUGCUACACUUCUUCAGAAACAGCUGAAGCACGAAACUCGUGACCCGAGUGCUCGUAAAUCCACAAAGCACACGAACGCUCGAAUUGCUGUACUCGUGAGUGCCGGUUCAAUACGACCGUCGAUAAGCCCAGACUGUCCCAAAAGUGUCCGAAACCUGGUCAACAAAUGUCUGGACGGGAACCCGAUUAAUCGACCAUCAGCGCUGCAGCUUCACUUUGAGCUGCGCAACCUUGAAUUUGCACAGGACAACCUGUCGAUUACCGAACGAUUGUCAAUCCGAAGAAAGUCAAAUCUUGAAAACAACAGAAUACCAUCAUCGAACACGCACGAUAAUUGGACGCAUUGCCAGCCGCCAAUUGUGCUUAUUGAAGACAAUGAUAUCGCACUUUUAUCGAAUGAACGGCGGGAUCAUGUGCGAAAACAAUGCUAG